AUGUUGAAACUUUCUCAAUUACUCGACGCAAAACGUCGCGAUAGUUCCGAGGCGGCGGCGGCUGCUGCUGCUGAUCCGUCGGCGAUUUCCUCUCGUCGCUCGAUUCAGUCGCCUGGAAUUACAGACUCCUCGACUCCCGUGUCGCCUGCUGUUUCGCUUUUCUCGUCUAAAGGCCAUGCGCGAGUCUCUAGCUCCGCUUCGUCUCUCGUCCCCUCUCCCGGUCAUGGCAACUCGAUAGAGAGUGCGACCCGAGACUAUGGUCUGACUGGCGUUAAAGAGGAACCAUGCACAGGUGAAGCAAGGGAUCUUGAACAGGAAUAUUUCCAGCACUUUGAUCAAGGCUUAUCCGUCGAAAACCCAUACUUCUCCGCCGUCGAUUAUUUCGGUUGCUACGAUCUGACCGAUGCCGGGAUGGAUAUCCCCCAUUCCCCCAAGAAGCGACGUCCCGAUAGUACUACGUCCACCAAGGGUCUUUCUCGCAUUAGCUCGCGCGUCUCAACCAUAUCCGGUCGUUGGAGGCCCCGACAGUCGGAGGAUGUAGACCGCGAUGCCCCAUAUCCGGAUGACUGGCGCUCUCGCACUAGCUCCGCUGCUUCAUCUGCCCUAGUCAAUCCGACUGGGUGCCCAGUUGCGCGCAUUGACUCUACCAUCAUCCCUCCCUCGCCUGCCCGGACCAUCUUCGAGGAACGCAUCAGUGAAUCGGGUAUCCGCCCAAUCGAUACUGAUAGUGCCAACCGCCAUUUCCUCGAGGAAGAGGGCGAUUCCACCCACCAGGCUAGCACUCCAUUGCUUCCGCCGUUUAUGGGCGACGAUCCAAUGGCUGCUGCUGUUGCGGGAGUGACCUCGCCGUUGGAAUCGCCAACCGUGGCGGACAUUUCGGAUGACGUAUUAAAUCUCGACAAUUGUGCCUCCGCCACUAUUCCAGCUUCAUGGAAACCAUCGAUCACAAUUCCCUCGCCGCCUUUAUCGUCCCAGCCGUCCAUGACCUCAUUCCACAAUCGUCCGAGCGCCAGUACGAUGCGCUCCGUUUCAGACGGACCAUCUCCCUUGUACAUUUCGGACCCCAACGAUGAGUGGGCCAACAAGCUGGGACAUGCGAAUUUCACUAUUUAUCCCGCACCUUACAUGCCUGAUUCCUGCACCAUGGAUUCUUUCUGCCAGUUGCGGGAAGACUGGGACCUUGCGCAAUGCAAUUUCACCAAACACCUUGUGCGUACUGGAGAACACUACGGUGUCACGUCAAAUAUCUACAAGCUGACUGAGGCCAAGUGGGACGCCACCAACCGUGAAUGGAAGCGCCACCACGAAGCUAUGCACUCACAACUCGAGGAGAUCCACGGGCCUACUUUGAGCUUGACCGAAUCUCACUUCGGUCCAUGCGACCAGGUCAAGAUCCCCCGUCUUCACGACGACAAGUUCCCAGAACUGGGUGAUGGCGAAAUUGUUGGUCCUAUGAAGACUCUCCCUUGUCAGCCGCGACCUUCUCUGAAGCGCAAUUUCUUCAAAUUCUUCCAGGAUCUGAUCGGACGAUCCUAA